UCUAGUUUUUCGGACCUUGGAAUCGUACCAGACAAGAUGCCGUCUCUUUGGCUCUGCUCGUUCUUAGCAACGGUUGCGGUGGCUAUACCACCUCCACCGCCAGUCGAUCAAGGGGAGAUAAACGUCGUGUUCAGACCGAACAUCACACAAGAUGACGACGCACCUGUGUCUUUUAAGUACCGAUAUGUGGCUAAGAAUGGGGCGGUAUACCAUUCUCAUCCACGCUUGGAAGUUAUCACCAUUGCUGCCACUACACAUGUGUCAGACCAAGCCAUGGAGAAGGCUGCCAUAACUGUAGGCCUGAUGAUCAAACACAUGCAGAAAGUGUGUAUUCCCGUGUUGCCACCGGAUUGGGCGUGGGUCUGUUUCACUAAAGCUGAGGGACUGACUGUGUACCCAGAGAUGUCCAGUCACACUGACACCCCAUCUUGUCACAGUUCCUGCAAAGGUUCUUGUGCUCACACUUGCAUCUCGGAUGGUCGUAAAUUCUCCACCAUCGGGGGUCUGACGUCAAGACGUUCUUACGUCGUCGAUGACAACGUUUUGUGUAACAGUCACGACGCCUACCACAAAACUUUGAACGUGUUGAGUCACGAGUUUGCUCAUCAAAUCAUGUUUCACCUGGACAAGUACUGGCGGGAAAGGAUUCACAAAGCUUACAAUGACAUCCACGCCAAAGGCACGUGGAAACUGAGUUCCUACGCCAUGCGCAAUCAGGAUGAGUACUUCGCGGAGGCGACGACGGCCUUCUUCCUGUCCUCUCAUAUGAUUGGCGCCAACGGUGGGAUGAAUGUGUGCGGCAGUGGGACGCACAUCUGCUCCAGUGUGUCCACCGCACGUGCGUAUCUCCGGCAACACGACCCGGAAAUCUUCGCCGUGUUGGAGUACGUGUACACAGGAAAUCGCCCCGAUGUUUACGUACCUCUUAAAACGUGUAUGUAACCACGACAUAAAAGCAUGUUGAUACGUGUUGUGCAAAACCCGAGAAAACUUGUAAGAACGUUGAAAAUGUGCAAUGUUGAAAGAAAAUUGUUAAUAAAACAUUCAACAGGAAACUGGGUCAAUGGGAGUUUCCUUAA